AUGCACUAUGACUUCUUCUUGACAAACAUAAAGAAUCUUACUGAAAUAAAGAUGUAUGAUUUAACAGAAUAUGAAGGCUUAACGAUGUCAGAUGUAAAGAAAGGCAAACCAAAAAAGAGACCAUAUAGAGAUGAAAGCACACUGACAAAUGACCAGAAAGCCAUUUUGGAAGCUCUUAAGCAAACAGGAAACCCAGCACUUAUAGAAAGCUUUUGGAAAGAUAAUGGUGAAAAGAAGUUUUAUAAGAAGAGAAGCGGUCAGUUCUGGAAGUAUCUUUGCACAUUACCUAUAAAUCUUGAA